GUAUUAGGUUGCGAUUAUUCGUGUGACCGAAAACUGACCCCAGGAAAGACGUUAAACCCUCUCUCCUGGAAUCCAACGACGAUGAAUCAAACAAGCUGGAGUAAGAGACCGAUGGAAGGAGGGGGGAAUGGGGUAUGGACGACUACAGACGCCCUAGGCUCAUUUUCCAGUGCUGUGCUGGACCAGGUGAUGUCACUACACGUUUAGCUGGAGGAACUCCCAGAAAGAGAGAGUGAGAGAGAAAGAGGAGGAAAACUUUUCCGAACAACUGCGAGGGGAGGGGAGAGAAGUUGGACAUGAAAAGAUUGGCAGUAACUUUUUCUUUCCCCCCGUAAGACGCCUCAAGAAACAAUACUCAAGGAGCAAUACUGUGGAUUACAACUACGCAGUAAGGACAUCAAAUAAUUGCACACCUCUGCUCGGAUACUCCAUUUGGAUUAAUGUGGUCGUAAUUUAGUGGAUCUAUCAAUAAGGUAGCAGCAGAGGGUGUGUGUGUGAGUGCAGAGGUCUGAACCAUGAGAGCUCCCGGCUACUUCCUGGUUCUCGUCUGUCUUGGCCUGGGAUCAUGUGACACGCCGACAUCAUCACCGUCAUUGCCAUCGCAAGAUGUGCCAUGCCCUCCGCUACAGGUGGAAGACUGGAAGUUUCCUCAGACAGCCAGGCACAACAUCACAGGGUUCAACCUGGUACGACGCUUCUCCCUGCUGAAGAGUGCAGACAUCAAGAAGAUCCGCAACCCCAGAGGUCCAGUCAUCCUUCGGCUGGGCAAGACCGCACUCGUCCGCCCCACAGAUCAGGUGUUCCCCCAUGGUCUACCUGAGGAGUUUACUGUGGUCUUCACACUGGCUCUGAAGAAGAAAGCUUUGAGGGACAACAUCUACCUGUUCCAGAUAUCUGAUGAACGAGGAUACCCCCAGUUCUCCCUGGACCUGAACGGCCCCGAGGGGACCCUGUCUCUGCGGGCGCCGGGGGCGGAGCCUGAGGGGGAGCCGGCGGGCUGCGUGUUCAGCGGCGAGGGCGUGGAGUCCCUCCUGGACCUGCGCUGGCACAAGGUGGCGCUCAGCGUCCGGCGGGGGGCGGCGGCACUGCACGUCGACUGCGGCUCCAUCCAGACCAAGCCCCUGGAGCCUCGCGGAACUCUGCCCUCCGAGGGGCACACCCUGCUGGGCAUCAGGGCCACAGACGCUGGGCCUGUGGAGAUGGACCUCCAGCAGGUGAUGGUGUACUGUGACCCGGCCCUGGCCAUUCAGGAGGCUUGCUGUGAGAUACCUGGAGCUCGGUGCCCACCUGACGCCCCCAAGAGCCGUCGGGCCGCAGAGAAUGACCUAGAGGAGCUGAACCCUUUCAACCAGGAGAUCUUUGGAUCCAAGGGACUGGCGGAGAAAUGUGCUGGUUGUGUUCUUCUCAAGGAAGACCAGAAUCUUGCGACUCUUGGAUAUCAGCCUGGACAGACUGGACUAAAGGGAGAGAAAGGUGACCAGGGUGCUGACUGCUUAGGUUCAGGGGCCUCGGGUCCAUGCUCAGAAGGACCAAAGGGCCAGAAAGGGGAGAGAGGCGAGUCGGUACUACCAGCCAACUGGGGAGAGGCAGUGGGUCACAAGGGGGAGAAAGGACAGAAGGGAGACGUCGGUCUCCAGGGUCUGUCUGGAACGCCAGGAAAGGAUGGUCGGGCAGGGUCCAUCUGUGUGGUUGGUCCAAAGGGGCAGAAGGGCUCUUCAGGGUUGGUGGGUCCAGAGGGCUUGGCCGGAGAGCCGGGGAAACCAGGAUUUCCAGGACUGCCAGGGAUCGGAAAACCAGGCCUUCCUGGCUUACCAGGGAUUGGGUCUAAAGGAGACAAGGGGGAUUCUGGGCCAGCAGGGAAGGGUGGAGACCCAGGAGACCCUGGGCCCAGAGGUCCUGGAGGCACCAAGGGAUCGAAAGGAGAGCCGUGCGAGGUGUGUCCGGUGGUGUCUGCAGACGGGUCCAUGGUGGCUGUCCAGGGGACGCCUGGGCCCAAAGGGGAGGCCGGACCUCCAGGAGGCGGAGAACAAGGACCACCAGGACUGAUGGGAUCAGAUGGAAAGGCAGGACAGAAGGGAGAGGCGGGGUCAGACGGAACCAAAGGGGAGAAGGGCGAUCCAUGCGCUGUGUGCCCCACUCUGGGAGAAUUGCCGACUAAUGGAAACUCAGUUCCCAUAGCCCUUUCUCUGCUACAGAAGGGGGAAAAAGGCGAAUCAGGAGUGGGACCCAAAGGAGAACAGGGAGAGCCUGGGCCUAGUGGACUGGGGGGGCUCCGAGGAGAGAAGGGCAACGCUGGAAGCAAAGGAGCUGAUGGAAAAACUGGCAAGCAUGGACCGAGGGGCCCUGGUGGCAAGGAUGGGCAGAAGGGCAUCAAGGGAGACGCUGGAUUACCUGGUUUAGGCGUUCCUGGUGCCAAGGGAGAGAAGGGUGAGUCAUGUGGCACGUGCCAGCCUUCUACCUUGGAGGUGGGCAGUGGGCCGUCCGUCAUCAAGGUGCCAGCUGGGGAACCAGGCCACCCAGGGCCCCCGGGCCCCCCCGGACCCUCAGCGGUGGGAGCAGAUGGCAAACAGGGUCCACAGGGGUUUUCAGGUGUACAGGGGGAAAAAGGAGACCAGGGUGAGAGGGGAGACCCUGGAUUGGAUGGUAAACCAGGAGCCCCUGGUCUCUCUGGAGAGACUGGACGCGACGGAACCAUCGGACUGAAGGGAGAGAAGGGAGACGCGUGUGACAGCUGUCCGUCUGUCUCUGGGGGCGUGGCUGAUGGCACGAGUGUUCCGGGUCAGAAGGGAGAGAGGGGCGAUCCAGGCCCCUCUGGGGAGGGCAAGGCUGGCAAACCAGGUAAGCCGGGUCUCCCGGGGGUCCAGGGGUCCCUAGGUCCUAAAGGGAGCCAGGGUGAAGCUGGACCUGCAGGAAUUGGUCUUCAAGGCCCACAGGGCGUGGAGGGGCCAAGAGGCUUGCCAGGAAUCACAGGAUCGUCAGGAGAGAGGGGACUGCCUGGACCUUCUGGACCCGCUGGAGACAAGGGUCUCCAAGGAGAGGAGGGCCCUCCUGGUCCACAGGGACCUCUGGGUGCAGGUGUGACAGGACCGCCGGGUAAGGAUGGUCUCCCAGGUCCUCAAGGAUUCCCAGGAAACAACGGCGUGCCUGGGGCUGACGGCGCUAAGGGGGACAAGGGAGAACCAGGAGACUGUAACUGUAUCACCCAAACAUACACAGGAACCGGUGGCCCUGGAGCGCCAGGAACAGCAGGGGGCAACCCGUGGCAGCCCGGCCCUCAGGGACCCCCAGGACCUCCAGGUCCCCCUGGUCCUCCAGGGGUCCAGGGCUUCCACGGCAACGCAGGACCCCAGGGUAUCCCUGGCAACGACGGGGUGCCAGGGCAACCGGGUCAGCCCGGGACCAUCCCCCCCAUCCCUCCGCACCUCCUGUUGCCUCAGGACCCCCCAGACGAUAAGGAGCCUUGUACAGACUGCACCCAGGGCUUGCCAGGGGUACCAGGCGUGGUUGGCACCAAGGGGGAGAAAGGCGACCAGGGCAAGCCAGCUGUCACUCCCCUGGAUGGCUGUGAGAGGUGUUUCCAGAGACUGCAGAGUGAGGAGGCCGUCCAAGCUCCGACCACCACGAACAGCGCUCCCCCCCCCUGUCCUGGAGUACCAGGACAUCCAGGAAGUCCAGGACAACCAGGAGAGGCGGGCACUCCGGGUCAAAGGGGUCAGGCAGGACAGCCAGGGGGCAUGGGCCCUCCGGGAUUCCCUGGUCCUCAAGGGUCGUCAGGUUUACCCGGUCAGCAGGGCGAGAGAGGGUCCCCUGGACUUCCAGGCUUGAAGGGAGAGCAUGGGCCUCCAGGGACUUCUGGGUACCCGGGCUCUAUGGGCCCACCUGGACUUCCUGGUUUGAAGGGUGAGAGAGGAAACACAGGAAGUGCUGGACAGAAAGGCGAAUCGGGUUCUGCAGGGAACCCAGGGUACCAGGGCCAGGCUGGCCUGGCGGGACCCAAGGGAGACACAGGGCUGGCAGGAUCCGCAGGAACCAAGGGAGAUCAGGGUUUCCAAGGCCAGCCAGGGUUCCCAGGACCUCAGGGGCCUCCAGGACCCCCUGGUAAAACAGGAAGAGAGGGCCCCCCGGGCCCCAAGGCCGACAAGGGUAAUAAUGGAGCUGCAGGGCCCCAGGGCUCCCAGGGUCCCUCUGGGUCUCCCGGAUCUCCAGGCAUGAUGGGACCCCCUGGCAUCGAAGGUCUGGAUGGUAAAGAUGGCAAACCAGGCAUGCCGGGCGAGCCAGGAUCUGUAGGACCUCCUGGACCUCGAGGAAUCCCAGGUUUUAAAGGGAAGACGGGUCAUGUCGGCUUCCCUGGACUGAAGGGUGACGCAGGGCCUGUAGGUCCACCUGGUGUAGCCGGACGGCCAGGUUUGGAGGGUGACCAGGGGACCCCCGGGGCUCAGGGUCGACCCGGUCCCUCCGGACAUGUGGGACCUCCAGGGCCUGUCGGACCGGCUGGACCUGCAGGAGUGACCGGGGAGGGUAUUAAGGGGGAAAAGGGCCAGGCAGGAGAGAGGGGGUUGCCAGGCAUGGGAGGCUCUCCAGGACCCCCGGUCACCCAGGACAGAUGGGAGAGCCAGGCAGCGAUGGGCCUGCUGGGAAAGAUGGGUCACCUGGUCAACCAGGAGAGAAUGGACAACAUGGGCAGAAAGGCGAGGCGGGGGCCGCAGGGCAGAGGGGGUCCCCUGGGGAGCGAGGCCGCCCUGGACCCCCUGGAGGGGGCUACUCCUCAAGGAUUCGGGGCCCAUGCCUGGCCCAGUGGGACCCAGGGGAGAGAGGGGGACCCCGGGCUCCCCAGGCCCAUCCGGAGGCCCCGGACCUUCAGGGACACCUGGACAAGACGCGAUAGUCAACUAUGACGACAUCAAGAGCUACAUCCGCCAGCAGGUCAUCAAGAUAUUUGAUGAGAGAAUGGCCUACUACCUGUCCCGUAUGCAGGUGCCGGAGUCGGUAGCGUCACCUGGCCGCCCCGGGCCCCCGGGGAAGGAUGGGACCCCUGGGAGACCGGGCUCCACAGGGGCCCCUGGACUUCCAGGUCAGAUCGGC